AUGGGCCCUCUGGAUCCCACGGAUCCCGUAGAGGACGCUGAGCUGCAUCGUCGACUGCACUGCGAUGUCGAGGCCGAGGUGCGCAGUGGACUGCACAACGAGACUCAAGCGUACUCGGACGAAAAGCUGCACCACGCCAUUUCGCGAGGCUCCAGACGUUCGACCGACCGAGCACCAAGUCCGAUGGGCGGACUGGACUACGGAAAGGAGACUUUGCCGGAGGAGGCGGGGAACCCAGACAUGGACUGUGGGAUCAGCUCCGGUGCCCCAGAAUCGCAACAUACAAUCGUAGAGGAGGUGGACGACGACAAGCCGGUAUACGAGGACCCCGGACUGUGGGGGUGGCUCGACUGCCUGGGGACCGUGUUGGUGAAUAUGAUCUGUUAUGGCAUCACCCAGUCUUUUGGCGUGUUCCAGGAGUACUACAAGAGCAACCUCUUGAAAGACAGCACCGGCAUGGCCAUCUCGUGGAUCGGUGCUAUCCAGUUCUGUCUCUGUCCCAUGCUGGGAUGUAUCGCCGGUCCCCUCUUCGAUGCCGGUUACCUGAAACCCCUGCUCAUCGCCGGUGGCUCCCUGUACAGCUUCUGCCUGAUGAUGACCUCCAUCUCGACAGAAUACUACCAGGUCCUCCUUGCGCAUGGCAUCGGUGUGGGACUGGGUAUGGGUCUCAUUUUUAGUCCCUCGGUCAGCACUUUGCAACACCACUUUGGGCGGUCGCGCUACCGUACCCUCGCCUACGGGUUCCAGGCUUCGGGCAGUGCCAUUGCAGGCAUCUACUUCCCCAUCGCGUUCAACUACCUCAUCCCCGCCGUCGGUUUCCCAUGGACCAUGCGCAUUUUGGGUUUUAUCGUCCUCCUCUUCGUCUCCGCAUCAUACGUUGUGCUGUCCACCACCGUGCCUCCGCGCAAGGAAAUCGCCCUCAUGAGCCCCAAAGUGUUCAAUAACCCGGCCUACGCCGUGUACGUUGGCGGAGCAUGUCUCUGCUCGUUGGCAAUCUAUGCGCCACAGACGUUCGGCGUGACGUACGCGACGUACCGCGGCGUACCCCUCACCAUUGCAAACUAUACCCCCGCAAUCUCCAACGGCGUUUCCCUCAUCGGCCGCAUCCUUCCUCAAAUCAUCGCCCAGCGCGUCGGCCCCAUCAACGUCUUGAACGUUGCCGCGUGCAUGUCUGGUGUCGUCCAGUGCCUGUGGACGCUGACACGCGGAACCGCUGCCAUCCUCGUCUACGACGCAAUGUACGGUAUCGUUUCGGGCAUGUACGGCGCCUCCCUCAACCCGGGAGCAGCGACGUUUGCCCCGCACACAAACCAGGCGGGGCUGUAUCUCGGAAUGUGCUUCUUCACCACCUCCUGGUUCUGGCUCGCUGGUACCCCGAUCAGUGCACAGCUGAUCGACGGCAAGGGGUCAUACCUCGCCGCAUCGCUGUAUGGCGGCGGCGUGUUGUUGAUGGGCGGGUGUCUCAUUGGCACCGCACGGUGGAUGCGAGGGCGCCAGGUGGGCACUCCUUGGGUCUGA